UCCUAAUUGAGGAAGUAUUGCCCGGAAAGAAGGAAUGAAUAAAUUUUGACUAAAUAAUUGCCAUUUUAUUACUGAAAGUGGAAACAUGUCCAAGUAUUUAAUUUUAUUGGCUUUCAUUUUAAUAUCUACUAAAGGCGACUAUGUACCCGACUCCCAACGUGCCGAACUGGUUUUUUACAAUAAAACAAUCGUAAAAGACAUGCACUUCAGAUAUGGUAAAUACAACCGUACCAUUUCAGCAAUGAACGCCUCUUAUGUUCUCCUCCGCGAUUUUACUGACGCUAAAAUGAUGUUUACAAUCCACGGUGACCAAUUUUUUCACAAUGAGUUUCGUUUCACUGGCCAAAAACUCGCGAUAAAUGCUUGUCAGCUCUGGAAAUUAAAUAUGUUUCACUUGGUUGAGCAAUUUGAAAACGUUGGUUUGGUGAUGGAUCUUUGCAAUUUGAAAAAGGGACCGUAUCACAUAACCAAUUUUAUUUUUGAUUCGGAUGUUUAUCCAAAAUAUAUGCCUAAAGGACUGUGGAGAGUCAGUAUCAAGGUGAACCACGAAAAUGUCGGAGAAAUUCUUUUCGUGCGAUGGUAUUUUGAAUUAAAAUAAAUACAAACAUUAAGAAGUAAACUAAUAAUACAACAAAACUGCUUAUUAAAAUGGAAAACAAAAAAAUAUAGAAAUGAAUUCUUACCUAA